GAAAAAGGUAAUUCCGAAUAAGUUUUCGUGUCGAAAGGGCAAUUGAAGUCUUGAAUAGCCCCUUCCAACCUUCCACUCCUCACUUCGUUUCCGUCGCUGUUUUGCUCACUCCCAUUUCGUAUCAGUAGUCAGAGAUCAAAAUGUCUCGUAGAUAUGACAGCCGUACAACAAUCUUCUCCCCUGAAGGACGUCUUUACCAAGUGGAAUAUGCAAUGGAGGCUAUCGGGAAUGCUGGUACUGCAAUAGGGAUCUUAUCAAAAGAUGGGGUUGUGCUGGUCGGCGAAAAGAAGGUCACAUCCAAGCUGCUCCAAACCUCAACUUCCACCGAGAAAAUGUACAAGAUUGAUGAUCAUGUUGCCUGCGCCGUGGCUGGGAUAAUGUCUGAUGCCAACAUCCUAAUCAAUACCGCCAGGGUCCAAGCGCAACGCUACACAUAUGCCUAUCAAGAGCCCAUGCCAGUUGAGCAGUUAGUUCAGUCUCUCUGUGAUACCAAGCAAGGUUACACCCAAUUUGGUGGCCUUAGGCCAUUUGGGGUCUCAUUCCUGUUUGCAGGAUGGGACAAGAAUUUCGGCUUUCAGCUUUACAUGAGUGACCCUAGUGGAAACUAUGGUGGCUGGAAAGCUGGAGCCAUCGGUGCAAAUAACCAGGCAGCACAAUCAAUACUAAAACAGGACUACAAGGAUGAUAUCACAAGAGAAGAGGCAGUGCAACUUGCAUUGAAGGUUUUGAGCAAAACCAUGGACAGCACAAGUCUGACCUCAGAAAAGCUCGAGCUUGCAGAGGUUUUCCUGUCACCCUCUGGAAAAGUCAAGUAUGAAGUUUGCUCCCCAGAGUCCCUCACUAAGCUGUUGGUGAAGUUUGGUGUAACCCAACCUGCAACAGACACUGCCUAGUUUGCUAAUCCAUGCUUGGUGCAGUUUAAUUAUGUGUUUCUUAUUCAUUUGUGGUGCUUUUGGGAUCAGAUAUUGGCUCAAACAUAUUACAAGUUGAAACAUUUUUCAUGUUGGUAAUGCAAAUGGCUUUGUGUUUGACACAUUAGAUUUUCAAGGCAGACCUAUGGUGUUUGGGUCCUAUAUGGUUAAACACCAUAUUUCCAUGAUUUGAUACUUGUUAUUUUGAAUUAAGGCUAUAGGAUCAACA